UGGCCAGAGCGUCAACGCUCCUGAGCAGCCCCCGCACUGGCCGGGCAUUAACCCGCCGCUGAGCAAAGGCAACAUUUGCCCCGCGGCCCUAAUUACCGCCCCCUCCCCCCACCUUUGGCCCCUGACCCCUUCCCGAACUAUCGCAGCCAGGAGACACGCCCCUCCGCUUUCCACCCAGCCACUCCCCCGCCCCCUACCUCCGCCCUCCCGCCUUGCUCCUAACCGCCGCCCCCAGCCGCGCGCUCGCGGCCCCCAGGUGAGCCGGGGCCGCGCGCAGGAAGCUCUCGCGAGGUUGCGGCGGCGGCGGCGCUGUUGCCGUGGUUCCCUCGGCUGAGGCGGAGCUAGCGCUGGCUCCGCGGCCCCGGCCCGGAUGUUGUUGUUUCUCCCCCUCCCCGGAUAAUGACGGGCGCUUCCUGCCCCUGAGCCGCAACGACGCCGGCUCAGCCUCGCCGGUGGACUCCGGCCGCCGGCCUGCCCCUUAUCCGGACACACAGCGCGGCGCGGCUAUGGCGGAUUUCGACGAGAUCUACGAGGAGGAGGAGGACGAGGAGCGGGCGCUGGAGGAGCAGCUGCUGAAAUACUCGCCCGACCCGGUGGUGGUGCGCGGCUCUGGCCAUGUCACCGUAUUUGGACUGAGCAACAAAUUUGAAGCAGAAUUCCCUUCUUCAUUAACUGGAAAGGUUGCACCUGAGGAAUUUAAAGCCAGCAUCAGCAGAGUUAACAGUUGUCUUAAGAAGAACCUUCCAGUUAAUGUUCGAUGGCUACUUUGUGGAUGCCUUUGUUGCUGCUGUACAUUAGGUUGUAGUAUGUGGCCAGUUAUUUGCCUCAGUAAAAGAAAAAAGACUAGAUUGACAAAACCUGUGGUGCUGGUACAGCCCCUAUUCCCCUUCUUUAUGAUUGCAGUCACCUGGGAUGUGUGGCACCCUUCGGAGCAGAGACUUGAACCCAAAUUUGCCCCCUCCCAGACACGAAGAUCGAUUGAGAAGUUAUUAGAAUGGGAAAACAAUAGGUUAUACCACAAGCUGUGCUUGCAUUGGAGACUGAGCAAAAGGAAAUGUGAAACGAAUAACAUGAUGGAAUAUGUCAUUCUGAUAGAAUUUUUACCAAAGACACCGAUUUUUCGACCAGAUUAGCAUUUGCUUUAUUUAUAGAGACUUAUCCAAGUAUGUUAUCUUUCCAACGGUGCCUUGCUUGGUGCUCUCCUGGUGGUGAUAUAGCAUUGGUUCUACAGAUUAUUGUGGUGGUUUUUGUUAUUUUUGUUUUUUAAUAACAGCAUGUUCUAAGUGCAUUUUGUCAAAAUUUGCAAAAGUCAUUUCAUGCAAAUGUUAAGUACUACUUAAGUUAUUACUUGUACUUCCUAUGUUUGUUAAUGUAUCUUGAUUUUCAGAAUCUUUUGUGUGUGUGUGUGUGUGUGUGUGUGUGUGUAUACAUAACAUAAAUAUACAGCUGAAAAUAGCCUACAAGCGAGCAGAUAUUUUUUUAACCCAUAAUACACAUAAUGAGUUGAUUGUAAAUUGUGGAAGUUUUUAAUAUUUAACCUGUAUAACUAAGUAACUUCUAUGACCCUCUCCAGAUUUUGCCUGUGACAUUCUAGUUGUAUAUUUUUAUUCCCCCCCCUUUUUUUUUUGGCCUGGGGGGGAAAAAUAGGGAAUAUCAGCCAGCCACCUCUACUGAGAUAAAAAGAUAUGCUUUUUUGAAACUGUCCAUUUUGGACAGUUGUCCAAAUGUCAAUGCACCAUUAGAAGUGUCUGUGCUCUUUUGUGAAGACAUCUAUCAGCUGGUUCUGAAGAAGUUCUAUCUUAAAGGUUAAUAAACCAGAAUUUGAAGUAUUUUACUCAGACUAGAAAAAUCAUGGAAAGAUUUGCAUGCAUCUAACGAUUACUAGAGCUCAGGAUCACAAAAAUACAUUAGUAUUGCAACUUAUAAUGUAUAUAUCUUAAUUCAGGUUAAUGCCAUGUAACCGCUUAACUCUUUACUUCUUAUUGUUUAACAGAGCUUGUACACAAGGGUGCAGAAAUAUUUGUUUUGGUAAAUUUAUUGUCCCAAGAAAAUAUUUUUCAGGUUUUUUAGGGCUUUUAAAAAUGCAUUUAUAACCUUACAUAGGCAGUUGUUUGAGAGAAACCUUGAAAAAUACAGUUCCAGACAUAAAUGGAGAUGGAUGCCAUGUAUCACAAAAUUAGUCAAAGCAGAGUACACUGGACAAUAGUGAGAACUUAAGAAAUGUGCUGGAUAAAUAUUUAUUGCACCCUGAUUUCUUCCCAUUUAGGUUUACAAGGUUUAUUUUCUGCACAAAUAUGAUUUUAAAAAACCUGGAUAUGUGAUGUAUGCUUGGGUCAGGCCAGUCCUAUUUCAUUCUGUUACUUAUCUCACUUGGUUGUACAUAUCUUCAUAUAUGUUUGUUUUUAACAGCUACUCAGUAAUCUUAUUUUUAAGUUUGUUGUUUGUAUGUCUGGAAUUACUGUACAUGAACAUUAUUGUAUGCUAAGAAACUGUUAUUCAUACAUCUGUGGUAGCAAGCAAUAAUGUGAAUAACUAUAACAAACAAAUAUACUCUGCUUAAUAUUCGUAUGAAUGAAAAGUUGAUAUCAUGACACAAAUACCUUUCUCUUUUUACUCCUUUUUACUCUUUUAAAUACAAGGUUCAUUUCUCAUUAAUAUAUACAAGUACUUGGAUGUUAUGAACUAUUUUUGUAUUCUUCUUCAAAAUAGUUAUUCUCUAUAAAUCUUCACUAGUGAAUCUCAUAUUCAUUGUUUGAUAUUGGAAGCUGUCUAGAAAGGUCAAGGGCUUUCUCUGAAUUAUCUUAAUCUGUGUUCUCUAUAUAUGCCCCAGAAUAGAGAUCUUCCAUUACUCAGCUUUUAUCUAUUGAUUCCUACUCUCUGCUUUGAAGAAAGGAGCUCUUGUGCUUUCUGUGUAAGCUGCAGGUAUGUUUUACUGUUAUCAAAGUUCUCAAUGGACUGUAUAAAAUAGCUCUUUCAUGGACAUAUUGUUGACUAUCUGUUAUCCCUUCCAGUUCCCCAUUGGUAUUUUAUUAAUGAAGAAGUGUCUGAGUGGUUUAAAGAUUUUCACUUGGGGCAUAUCUCUUGUAAAGUUCCUAUAUGUGGUACUACCCUGUGUUAACACAAGCCAUGACUGCUCAAGGUCUCAAAUUUGUAUUAGCCAAAUGGAUGUCAGUCUCAUUUUAUCAGACUUUACAGCUCAUUUUUGAAACUUCUGUAUCACCCUUUGGAUAUCUGUUGUAGAAGUCCAAAUUAGAGCUUUUGUAGAUCAAAAACUUUGGAAAUUCCUUGAUAUGAAGGACAAGUCAAAAUAUCUGAAAUGCUCUAAGAAGCAAUUCUCAAUGUCUCUGACUUGGGAUGGCUCCAGAGAGACUCAGGAUUUUGGGAUCAUUGAGGCAGUUAUGGUUGGCCAAGAUUCUUAAAUCCUCAUGGUUUCUCCUGUCAAAGUAGACCAUUCAUCCAGUAGUAGUUAUAAAACUUCUUUACACAAAUCCCUUAACUUCUGAACAAAAAUCAUAGGAAUUGGAGAUGGAAAAGACCUUAAAAAAUCAUCAAGUUAAUCUCCAUUGCAGCCAGUAGGGAUUUUUUUUAACAUAAUUUGUAGUGUUUUGUCCAAUCGGCAGUAGGUUUACAUGUCUCUAGCAAUGGUUUCAUUUCCUACAAGUCCAACUACCAAAAUAAAACAAUUUAUAGUUUGGGCAGGCCACAAGACGGUGGUAAAGAGAAAAGGGAAUCAAAAUGCUUCUCUCUAUUGCAGGAUAUUUUCAGGCUGCCCUUUUAUAAAUGAAAAGCAGUUAACACACUAGACUAGUCUAUGUGUUAACUGCUUUACAAUUAUAAAGGAUAGCCUGAAAAUAUCCUACAAAAGAAAGUAAUCUUUCUGAUUCCCUUUAACUAGUUAACUCAUCAAUCUUUGCUUGAACUGUGAAGGCUGGAUAUACACUUAAUUAAAAAGAAUACUAAUGAGAAAUCUUAACACAGUAUCUAGUUAUGCCUAUUUAACCUUUAGUGUGAAAAACUGGUGCUAAGGGCAUCAGUGACUGUAUUUGAAAGUUAUUUUAGAUAGUUGAUUUAUAAAUGCAGUUGCCUUUAAUUGUUUGGCCAGGAUUUCUCUUUCUUUCCAUAGUAUAAGCAAAGAAAAUCAGUUUCUCCAUCAUCAAAAGAUGCACUGUAGUAAUUGGGGAAAGGCUCCCAUUCCGGAGGGCUUUGAAUCAGGCCCUACAUGAGAAGUCCUGAUGGUAUAAUAUAUCUGCAAGAACCCUUAACAGUUGGCCAUUGGUUAAGGUUUGAAACUUCCAGUGGGAUUUGCAGAGUUUGUAGUGAGCUGUUAAUUAGAGGAGGGAAUCUUUAUAGGUAAAAGUUACAUAAAGCUAGUAAGCAUUUCAAAAUCCGUUUGGUAAGGGUACUUUUUAAUAAAUUUUACAAGUAAAUCCAAGAGUCCCAGUUACACUCAUCAGAAUAACUGAAUUUUUCAUUACAAUAUGCUGUGGAUUCUGAGGCCUUGUACUAGUAGAGUUCUAAAUAUCAUAGGAAAGGGUCUAAAAACUGUUUUUCCCCAAAUAGUUACCAAUUUCAGUGUUGCCAACUCAUGAUUUUUAUCACAAGCUCCUGGAGGCACGUGAUUAGGUUAGAGUCUCAGCUUUUUUUUUUUUAAGUAAAUUUGUAGCCCUCGUGUUUGCAGGUAAAAGCUUGAAUACAUGAACCC